CGGCAGCUCGGCGGCGGCGGCAUUGGAGAGCGCAACGCGGAGCCGGGUGCAGCCCUGGCUUUCCCCUCACAGCGCUCCCGCGCCCCCUUUCGCAUCCGCAACCAGAAGCCCAGUGCGGCGCCCGGACCCGGACCCGCGCCCGCGCCUCUCCCGGGACCGCGACCCCGGCCGCCCCGCGAUGACCGCGACCGCAGCCCUCCAGCGCGUCCUGCUGCUCCUGCUGGCCUUCGGCCACCAUGCCCAUGGAGCUGAAUGCUUCCCGCCCUGUAACCGCCACUAUGGAUUCUGCACCGAGGACAAUGUUUGCAGGUGCCACCCUGGCUGGCAGGGACCCCAGUGUAACGAAUGCAUGCCCUUUCCUGGCUGUGUUCACGGAUUCUGCGACGAACCCUGGCAGUGCACUUGCAACGAAGGCUGGGACGGGCACUACUGCGACAUAGACAUGCGGGCUUGCACCUCGAACCCCUGCGCUAACAACGGCACGUGCACCACCAUGCAGAAGGGCCACUACCAGUGCACCUGUGCCCCUGGCUUCUCGGGAGAGAACUGCCAGAAGAAGGACGGGCCCUGCGAGGUCAACGGUUCCCCCUGCCAGCACGGCGGCUCCUGCGUGGACGAUGAUGGCCAGGCCUCGUAUGCCUCCUGCCUGUGCCCCCCUGGCUUCUCGGGCAAUUUUUGCGAGAUCGUGGUCAACAGCUGUACCUCCAACCCGUGCGAGAACCAAGGCACCUGCACCGACAUUGGGGGCGACUUCCGCUGCCGCUGCCCCCCUGGCUUCGUGGACAAAACCUGCAGUCGCUCCGUGACCAACUGUGCCUCCGAACCGUGCCUGAACGGGGGCACCUGCCUGCAGCACUCCCAGGUGAGGUUCGAGUGUCGGUGCCGGCCCCAGUUCACAGGUCCCCUCUGCGGCAAGAAGCGCGCGGCGAGCUCCCAGCAGGGCACCCGUGUGCCCAACGGGCCCGGGCUGGCCUACCGCGUGACCCCCGGGGUGCACGAGCUGCCCGUGGGGCAGCCCGAGCACCACAUCCUAAAGGUGGCCAUGAGGGAGGUCAAAAAGGACACCCCGCUCCUCUCCGAGGGCCAGGCCAUCUGCUUCACCAUCCUGGGCGUGCUGACCGGUCUGGUGGUGCUGGGCACCCUGAGCAUCGUCUUCCUCAACAAGUGUGAGGCCUGGAUUGCCAACCUGCGCUACAACCGCAUGCUGAACAAGAAGAAGAAGCUGCUGCUGCGCUACAACAGCGGGGAGGACAUGGCCGUCAACAUCAUCUUCCCCGACAAGAUCGACAUGACCACCUUCAAGGAGGCUAGCGACGAGGAGAUCUAAGCAGAGAUCUAGGCAGAGCCCCCACUAUUCUACCCCGCCCCCUCCAUCCUCGGGGUCCCCGCAGAGCUCACCUGAUGCGGUCGCUUCUAACCUCGGUGGGCGAAUUUGCUCGCUCUCGUGUCAGACCCGGUGAACGCGCUACGCUUCGCUGUGUUAUUCUUUGUGCCUCUACUGUGUGACCAAUGCAAUGCGCUCAAUGCAAUGAUGAAGGCCACCCUCCCCCCUCUUUCCCCAUGCAUGAUUAAGAAUAAGAAUAAGAAUUUAAUCUUUAAACGAGUAAGAUAAGUAGCAUGUCGUUCUAAACUUUAAAUUUUAGCAUAAAAUAAAAAAAGACAAAAAAAAAACAAGGCAACUGGACCAGGACUCGGUGUGUCGACGUCCCUCCCCGAGGGGCCUCGGCCACAGGGUCCUUGUAACGUAUUCUUGCAUGACCAACCACUGUGACCUGGGCUAAGACCCCUUUCGUUCGUUAAUUCUCACACGCCACAUCCGACUCGCACUCACUUCAAGUUCAACAUCGCAGUCCUUAGAUCUUUGUGAUGGAGUUGAGGAUUUUGCAGAGUGCAGCGGCCAUGUGUCAGGCAGAGAGAAAACCCCGGGUUGGCUGCUGGGGGGCCGGGACCUCGUCCCAGCCCUGCCACUAACUCGCUGCGUCACCCUUAGCGAGCCCACCAUUUCGCCCCUCGUGAGGGAGGGGCUUGACCCCAGUGACCAUCAAGGUCCUCUCUUGUCUAAAACUCUGAAUUAGGAACGAUGGGGGAUGAACCAAAACAGCUUCCGACCCUCCCGUGAGGAUCGCGUGGAGACUCGGUCCCAUCCCCGGGUCCGCAUGUUUUGGUCUAUUCCGAUGCCCACUUGGCGUCCUGAAAUCACCCCUAAGUGCAGUUUUCAAAGUGGGGAGCCUCCUGGCUCGCUUUCCAUUUGGGAACGAUUAGCCGCUUUGAGUCACAAUACGUCGCCUUGGAGUUGCCUCUCGGGCAACCCCCACCCACCAAAAUCUCCAAUACUCUACGCCCCUUCCCCCUGUAGAUUAGCCAUAUUUCUUAAAAUGGAAAUGCAGGUGAACCGCAAGUGCCCCUGGCGAAGUCUGAGCAGCAACACGGCCCUCCCCUAGGUGUUCGCAGGGGUUAGUGGAACCUGUCCCUGGUGGGGCGUUUUCUCGUUCUGUGGCCGAAGGAGUACCAGGCCUGGCCUACGUGGCUAAGCAGUUCAUUUGUGUUGCCGAGUUAGUAACGCUCAGAUCCUGAAAGACCUAGCCAGUUUCUGAAUCAUGAACUUGACUUUUUUAAGAAGAGCAUCUAUUUUUGUUGGGGGGAAAAAAAAUGGAGAUGGGACAGAGUUCUGUCUAGCUCCCCAGCUCUUCGGGUUGGGCAGCUAAACAGUCCUUGGGUACCAGACAGGACUAUUUUGCUUCUUAAGUUAUUUGGGUAGGAAUCAAUACUCUGAGCUUUGUUGAGUAUUACUGACGUGUUUACCUUGCUUCAAGUCAUCAUCACCUUCAUCAUGGUCAUUCAGAUCACCACAUGCGUCACCGUCAUCACUCAACCAUCAACCUUGUCACCCCCACCCACUCAACCACCACCAAGUCCCUUGUCAUUCUGGUUCCAAGCCUGUCAUUUUCCCCUAAACCUGAUGUCCCACUCCCAGUUCCUCCUCAUCCUAGCCCCAAAAUGCCACCCUGGUCACCUCAUCCCUGACAGGCGAUGUCACCCCAAACUCCCAUCACCUUCCCCGUCAAACCCCUCCCCAUUUUAAACCUGCCCUUCCUCUCCUGCCUCCCCACAGUUCUCCCUCAACCCCAAACCCUGUUACCACCGCCAAGGCCCCUCCCACCCCUGGGCUCCUGUUGCUGCGCUCCUGCCCCUCCCCUCCCUCACCCUCAUCCCCUGGCUUCCAGGCCUCUCAUCUCUGAUAACCCCUCCCCCCAGUCCUUCCUUCUCCCCACAAGUCAUUUGAGUCAACAUCUCAUUUUAAGUGUGUCUUAAAAACUUUAAAAAGACAAAAAACAGAACGGUUGGCAUGUGUCGGGUGGGUGUCCAGCACCCGCCUGGCCUCUCUCACGUGAGACCUUGAUCGAGUCAACUACCGGUUCUGAUCCCAGAUUCCCCAAACUUGAAAUUCUGAGAUUGGAUGACAUGAUCAAAUUCUAUGCGCCCCCUUUUCGAUCUCCAGGCUGUGGAGAGCAGCCUUGUCCCCCGGUGACAAGGAAGAGACGUCCCGCCAUUUAUCCUUGACCCACUCCUCAUCGGUCCACCCAUCCAUCCACCAUUCAUUCAAUCAGGAAGCAUUUCCAAGCACCUGCCGAGUGCCAGGCAGCGUGCAGGGAGCUGCAGGUCCCGCAGGGUGAGGGGCAGUCUUGGGAGGGCAGGGGACACCCAGGUGUCCCCAGGAAGCCAAGCGCAGUGCAGGUAACAUGCCGUGGGAGCAUUGGAGGGUCCUCAACAGACGCCUCCCUGAGAACCUGACCAUCUCACUUCCCACGUGACAAAGUCUCUCUUACCAGCACCUGAUGUGGCCGCCCCGCCCAAAUUCCACAGUGCCCAGCUCACCCGUCCCGUCCCGCGAGAUCAGAACAGGGUUAGUGCCUCGCCUCGGUCUUCACGCCCCGCAGAAACGGCGCCUACCCUCCUUGGUGGGGGCGCCCGGUUCUGCUGAGAGUGUCGGGACUUCGGCUGCCCACCGCACCUCGGUGUGUGUGGGGUCGUGUGUAGUUUACGUAAACACAAGGGGAAGCUUUAAGAUGCUGUCAGCGACAUGACCACCAAUUCGGCCCCAAAACUGAGAGAGGAGUAGGCGUGAUUAUCUUCUUGUAACCCCAACAACGUGGAAAAUGUCAAUGGCACUCUUUGGCUUUCCCAUCUACUCGCCCAGACGUGCAAAAAAGUUUGUUUAUUAAACAAUAAACAAAACCC